CGAAUCACGACUCGUCGACCCACCUCGUUGAAGGUUCAAUUCAGACGCGAUUCAAGUCUCGAACCUGAUUUAACGUCUGCUCAUCCUUCUCAGUUUCCCUCUUCCUCCCGGCGAGGCGAAGGUGCAUCCCCUCACGCACGCCACAAUGGCUAAGAGGCCACCGACGCCGCCUCUCCCUGUUACUUCGCCGCCGCCCGGAGAUCAGGACCUUGAUCAGGACCUUGAUCCGGACUCCUGCUCCCUCGAGAAAUUUCGCCUUUAUGAGACCCGAGCCAGAUUUUACUUGAUCGGGAGCGAUCGGGACAAGCGGUUCUUCAGGGUGCUCAAGAUCGACCGCUGCGAACCGUCCGAGCUCAACAUCAGCGAGGAUCCUGUGGUGUACUCUCCGCAGGAAGUAAAGAGCCUUCUCCAGAGGAUCAGCGAGGGGAAUCGUGCGACUGGCGGCCUCAGUUUCUUUGGCAAGGUUUACGGCAUUGCAGGUUGCAUUAAGUUUCUGGAGUCGUACUACCUGAUUUUGGUCACUAAGAGACGGCAGAUUGGGAGUAUAUGCGGGCAUGCAAUUUAUUGCAUCGAUGAAAGCCAGAUGAUCACUGUUCCACAUUCAUCGAUUCAAUCUGAUGUCGCUCACUCGAAGACAGAGCUUCGGUACAAGAAGCUUUUGUCAAGUGUAGAUUUGACCAAAGACUUCUUCUAUAGCUAUACAUAUCCGCUCAUGCAAAGCUUACAGACGAACGUCCUUGAAAUAAACACAGAAAAGAUGCCUUAUGAAAAUAUGUUUGUUUGGAAUGCCUACCUCACACAAGCAAUCAGAUCAAGGUGUAACAAUACACGCUGGACGAUUGCUUUGAUUCAUGGACACUUCAAGCAGAUCAAGCUUUCAAUUUUUGGUCGGGAAUUCAGUGUUAUUCUCAUUUCUAGACGAUCUCGUCAUUUUGCAGGAACACGGUAUUUGAAAAGAGGAGUAAACGAUUGUGGUAGAGUUGCUAAUGAUGUUGAGAUUGAACAAAUAGUCCUUGAUGAAGAAGCUGGAUCAUGCAGUGGUAAAAUGAGUUCAGUUGUACAGAUGCGAGGCUCAAUCCCCCUGUUUUGGUCCCAAGAGGCUUCAAGAUUCAGUCCUAAACCUGAUAUUGUCUUACAAAGAUAUGAUCCUACAUACCAAUCAACUAAGUUGCAUUUUGAAGACCUGGCCAAACGUUAUGGGAAUCCAAUCAUUGUUCUUAAUCUUAUUAAGACUUUUGAGAAAAGACCUCGUGAAAUGAUGUUGAGGCGCGAAUUUGCUAAUGCUGUUGGCUAUCUUAACCAAAUUCUUCCAGAAGAAAGCCAGUUGAAAUUUAUUCACUGGGAUUUUCAUAAAUUUGCAAAAAGCAAGUCUGCCAAUGUGCUGGCUGUUUUAGGUGCGGUGGCUAGUGAAGCACUUGAUUUGACUGGCUUUUAUUACAGUGGAAAGCCAAUCAUUGCUAGAAAGAAAUCCGCACAGAUCAGUCGAACAAGCACUGGAAGAGACGGCAGCAUUGGGGAUCUUAGAGCCAGCUCUGGAGACCUUGCUAGGAUGGCAAGUAACCUUGAAGCUUUAAACACAAUGGUCUUUCCAGAUAGAGAAAAGAAGUUAAAUCAGAAGCUACAGAUCCUUGGUGGGCCUCGUUUUCAAAGUGGAGUUCUGCGUACUAACUGCAUUGACUGUUUAGACCGUACCAAUGUUGCACAAUAUGCUUAUGGAUUGGCAGCUUUAGGCCGCCAACUACAGGCAUUGGGACUUAGUGAUGUUCCAAAAAUUGACGCAGAUAGCAGCAUUGCUGCUGCUCUAAUGGAUAUGUACCAGAGUAUGGGUGAUGCACUUGCUCAACAAUAUGGAGGUUCUGCAGCUCAUAACACUGUCUUUCCCGAAAGGCAAGGCAAGUGGAAUGCCACUACUCAAUCUCGUGAGUUUUUGAAGUCUAUACGGCGUUACUACAGCAAUGCUUACACAGAUGGUGAAAAACAAGAUGCCAUAAACCUUUUUUUAGGUUACUUUCAACCAAAAGAUGGAAAACCAGCUCUUUGGGAGUUGGAGACUGAUUACUAUCUUCAUGUUGCCGGAAUUGGUGAUGAAGUCGUUCCUGAUUCUGACAGAAGCUUACCAUUUGACACAACUCAUCUAUCUGGACUUCAGUCAACUCUUGUACCAAUACCUGCCUACAAAAGAGAUUUCUUGAGGAUCAAAUUGACAUCAUUUGAUAAGCUAAUGGAACAAACAUGCAGUUCUUUAAUGAACGUAAGUCUAUACAAAGAAUCUGAUGUAAAGGCAAAUGCUAUUACAGGAAGUUCUGGAAUGGCACCAGAUGCAGCUGAAAUACAACUUAAAAGCCCAAAUUGGUUAUUUGGCCAUAGAAAGUAUGAAGAAAAUAUGCCUGCCUCAAAAGUAACAGUUAAUGAAAUGGAAAAUGGGAAGCUUGAAGAUGAUUUCUGUGCUGCUGGUUAUGAUAGCUUAAAUUGGCUUUCUCACAUAGAUGAUGUGUGCGAGGAGGAUAUCUUCAAGAAAUACCAUGCAGUGACCUCUGUUGAUGAAGAUGACAAUUGGUAUGGCGGGAAUUUGAUAUACGACCAGGAUGAAAAUAGUGAGGCUUACAAGCAUUAUGCCAUGUUAUGUCAGGGUGCAGUUAUGGAUCCCUUUGAGCAUGAUCCUGAAAAAGAGAGACACUAUGCAGAAGCUUUAUCCUUGUCGUUCGAUAACAUGAAUGACACAGAAAUAGAGGUCGAAAUGCUGGCUUAUCUCAAUGAGUAUGCUCAGAUUGGAGCAGAUCUCGGAAUAGUCUCUUCAUUCAAAGGCUUGGCAGAGGACCCGAGCCAGUUGACCAGAUGGAUCAUUGGGGAAGAGAAGAUAGAGGGAUGGAAGAAAUGAACUCUUCAUCACAAAUUAUUCUUUUUCUAUGCCUAUUAGUCAUAGUUGAUUCGGUCAUCAAAAUGAUGCAUUCUAACAAAGUGUGGCAACGGUCUGUUAUCCUCACGCAAUGCUUAAGCUUCUUGAAAAAUAACUGGUUACGCUGCGUUUCCUUGUAUAUAAAUCUGUUGAGGUUCGCAGCUCCAUCCAAAUUAGUAUAAAUUGUAAAUUUACUGGCAAAAGAUACAUAAUUUUGACCAAACUUGUCUUCGAGGAUGACAUUUAUUUAUAAAUGAAUUGUUUCUGUCCUCAUUUAUACCACCA